GCGAGGCUUCUCAGACCUCAUCGAGCCACUGUCCCGCUUUCCACGAUUUCCCUCACCGUCUUUCGCCCAAUCGCUCUCCCGUAUUUUAUCCCCACUCCGUCUACCCUACCGCCGCGUGCGGCCGCGUCGGUAAUUAUACAUUCAUUCAGUGGAGUCGCUCUGUCAGUCGCUCGUGGAGAAUCCUCGCGGAUAAGGUCGUAUCUUCGUUUUUCUUUCUUUCUUCUUUUUCUCGUGACGUCUUAAAGUCUCUUAGAAAUCCACCAUAUUUUUCUCUUUUUCUCUAUCUCGAUUUAUUUCUUUUCGUCGUCUUCUUUCUUUCUCUCUUUCUCUUUAUAUACCUUUCCACUCUCCCAUUCGCCGAGCUGCUUCAACGUCGUUCCUCGAAGAAACGGAAAGAGGGAAGUCUCAACGUGCUACAAGAUAUAUCGAAAUGGCGUUCUUUCUAACGCUCUCUUAAAAGAUAUAACCGAGAGACUUUCUUUUUCGACUUUCUUCCUGUCUAUAACGUACGUUUGGUGUACAACUAAGAGUGUCCGACAGUGAUAUGUGACCCCCAUCGACGUUCCCUGUAAAGUAUAACGAUUCUUGGAAACGGUGAAAGCAAUUAUAAACGUGCGAGCCAAAUGUAUUUCGAGGAAAGUUCUCUGAGAAUUUCUCCUUGAGACAAUUCGUCGCUGCUUUAUUUCUCUUCUUUUUUUAUUCCUGAAUGCACUUUUUGGAACAGGAGAUCUGGACGAGACAAUUACUGAACUAAUAAUUGGUGACGGCCUGCCACCAAUGUUGUACUUCACUCUACGACGGUGACGCGUGCUAAUUAAGUUUCAAGAUGCUGACAGUGAUGUGUCCUAAUUGUCGCCAUCGGUUCCCGGCGACCGGUUGCUGCGAUCCGAGAGCAACGGAAAAGGACAAUAACUUCGAGGAAACGUCGGCUUACUACGGCGGUAUGUUGGUGCCCAGAGGAUAUACCAGCGGUGGUGGUUGUGUGAUAAAUGCACCAACGAUCAUUCACGGACCAGCUAUUAUCCAGUCAGACGGACGUCAUUGCGGUUCCGUCACAAGAAUCGUUGACGCCGAAACGAUCGACUCGGCGAAAGGUCCGACGUGUGAUAACAAUAAGCCGAUGAAGAAUUCGACUUGUAAUUCAUCGGAGAGGUUAACGAAGUGUCCACGAUCUGAUCUAUCUGAUGAUCAGAAGAAAAUGCAAAUGGAAGAUCGUCAGUCACCUUCGAUAUGUCGUAUAACGACUACUUGCGAUCUGACAGGUGGUAGCGUGACUAUAUCAACGCCCAGUAUACAAUCAGGAGGUUGUUUCAUUCAAAGCACAAAUUCUUGCGUCCUAGUACAGACACCGCACGUCGAAAUUCGUCCAAAAUUAUCAGGCGGGGGGUGUCUUGUUCAAACGAAAAUGUCGACGGACGAUCAGGAUGACAGUUUAGUUGCGAAGUCGACGAUGGACGAACAAAUCGACAAUACCAGAUGUGCCUUCUCCAAUCUCGAAAAUAUUUAUUCGAAUAGAAUGACUCUGAUACCACCAAGUGGAUGUCAAGAAUUGCCGGGUAUCAGGAGGAGUUCUUCGUCGAAGGUCUGUUCGGAAAAACGACCGAUCGACGAAGAUUUCGAUAGACCACGUUAUAAUUUUUGCGAAGGUGAUUCUGGAUUUUCUAGUAUCAAAGUAACGCACAAGCAAGAUUCUCGAACACACGACAGGUUUCACAGUAAAGAAGAACAACUACCACCAAGACAGCAGCCAACAACAAGACAUCAAGAUACCUUUCAAGAUCCGCUCUUCUGUUCGCGUCCGCAGUCCGGUUAUAUGGAAAAGAAAUCUGAUUGCUCACACAACGACGUUCGAAAUCUUUGUCAAGGGAACAUAAUGAUGGUUAAUAAUGGGUUGCAAUUUAAUCCGUCCAUAGGAGAUUUUUCAAAGAAUUCAAACGAUCACGAAUCUCUUCUUCAACCUUCUAGCGGUGUUCAGAUUCAAGUGAACGCUACUGUUCAAUUGCCAGCAAAUUUAGGUCAAUGUUUUGUGAAUAUAACGGCAACUAGAGCGAAUUCCAACUGUUCUGAACGUUCCGCGAGUAUCGGAAACUGUAACAAUUUCAACGGUGGUGGUAUCGUCGAGUCAGAGGACGACUGUGUUAGAAACGAUUCCGUCAUGAAAGAUUGCGACAAUGGGAGUACUUACAAUAAUACCGAAAGAAGAGAGGAAGCACCAACUACACCUGUUUCCUGGGUCAUCCCUUGGGGUUUUGAUACCUACUUGAUAGAUAAGGAUAGAGCGAAAUUAUUGGAGGUGAAAAAAAUUCUUCAAACUUGCGGAUGGUAUCAUGAGGGUCUAAGUUGGCAACAAAGUGAGAGUCUUCUUAAGAACGCUGCCGUUGGCAAGUGGUUGAUGAGAGAUAGCUCCGACAGUAGAUACACCUUUGCUGUUUCUGUGCAAACUGAAAGGGGUCCAACAUCCGUUAGAGUACACUAUUUUCUUAGACGCUUUAGGCUAGAUGCAGAACCAAGAUUCGCUCUUGCCAUGCCGCUCUUCGAUUGUCCUAUCAAAAUGUUAGAACAUUACGUUGAGUAUUCGAAAAGAAUGGAUGAGCAUAGAAGAGAGGUUUGGGUCGAUUUUAGCGGUCAACUUUACAGUCAAAUCUACCUCACGAAACCUUUGGUCAAAGAAGUUAGAUCCCUUUCUCACUUGGCAAGAUUGACCGUCAACAGAAGCAAGUUACCUACCGAAAAUCUGCCACCAAUUAUUAAAAAUUAUCUCGCGGAGUAUCCGUACACGCUUUGAGUAUACGGUUUCGUUGCCUCUCUUCCACUGUUCUUAUGAACUAAACACGCGAGACAUCUAUUUUUAUAUUAAUUCCAAAUAUUCAGUCGUUUGCUCAGAAUUUAUCCAUUGUAUUAAUAAUAUUAUUGAUGGGAAUUAUCGUUCAGUGAUUGUUUUUCUUCUUCUUCUUCUUUUUUUUUUUUUUUUUUUUUUUUUUUUUUUUUUUUUUUUUUUUU